AUGGCUACCUCCAUUCCACCUGUGGCUAUUCCUGGCCAACGCCUUGGCUCUAUUGCUGCAUACUCUGCCGGUCCUGGCACCCAUGUCCAACAAUCCAAUAUCUACGCUUCCAUCGCCGGCCCCGUCAUCGUCGAUCCCGCACAGCCCAAGACACAAGCCAAGUCAACGCUCCGUGUCUCAAGGACCCUGCAGAGCACAUCUCAAGCUGCUUCAGCUGCCUCCGUUAAGCAAAAAUCACGAUACAACACCCUCCCCGCCGUCGACUCCAUCGUCCUCGCACGAGUAACCCGCGUCCAAAAGCGCCAAGCAACCGUCUCCAUCCUCGUCGUCCUAGACGACACCUCCGCAACAUCCACCGACCCUUCAAAGCUCGCCUCAGAUAAUGACAAUGUCGCCUCUAUCCUCACCACCGCCGCCAACCCCGAGAACCACAGUAGCACAGACGAGCUGCGGUUCCAAGCGUUGAUUCGGAAAGAGGACGUCCGAGCUGUGGAGAAGGACCGUGUUGUUAUGGAUGAGAUGUUCCGGGUUGGCGAUAUCGUGCGCGGGUCGGUGCUCUCGCUGGGUGACCAGAGCUUUUACUAUCUGACUACGGCCCGUAAUGAUCUGGGUGUUGUUAUGGCCAGGAGUGAGGCGGGCAAUAUGAUGUUCCCGGUCAGUUGGAAGGAAAUGAGGGAUCCGGUUACCGGGGCGGGAGAGCAGAGGAAGGUUGCCAGACCUUAUUGA